AUGCCUGAGUCGAUACAUUACCCAAAAAUUCGGUUUUCCUUCGAACAUUCGGCUCUGUACCCUUACCGAAUGUUCUUCCCGAAGGGGGGGCGUGUUACUAAUCAUAUCACAGACAACAACAACAAUGAGGUUGUAGAUUUGAUUGCUUCAUAUGAUGCAGCGUGGAAAAAGAGAGGAUACAAUAGCUUCAGUGGUCAUGCAUCAUUGAUUGGUUUUUACAGUAAAAAAGUCAUGGCAUACGUAGUUCGUGACAUUUAUUGUAGAUAUUGUUCACAAAAAACAAGUAAAGAUCACAACUGUAAAAAAAAUCACAGUGGUUCGUCCAAAUCCAUGGAGUCUAGAAUGGCCGUUGAAGCUAUUUUGGAUAAUGAAAACUUGACCGAAUUGAAAUGUCGUAAAAAAACAUUAGUAGGAGAUGAUGAUUCUUCAGUCAUAGCCGCUCUAAGACAACUUUCACCCUACCCGAUUAUAAAAUGGUCAGAUUUUAAUCAUACAAAAAAAACAUUCAAUUCAAAACUGUAUGAUAUUAAAUUGAGUGCAGCUCUUCGAGAGUCUUUUUCGAAAAUGUUUUGUUUGGCUGUAAAAGAAGAUAAGAACUGUGAGGUGAAAUAUUUUAAGGAUGGCAAAUGUUUAACUGAUACUAGCUUACGAAUGAAAUUGGAAAAAAUUAUCCAGCCUUUCAUAAAUAGUGCACCGCAGAUCGCUCCUUGUGCAUUAAGUCAAUCAAACAAGUCAUUCAAUAACACAGUGUGUUCCAAGCACCCUAAAUCAGCAUUCUACGGAGGAUCAGAAUCCCAUACUUAUAGAGUAGCGAUAGCAACAUUGCAAAAAAACAUGGUACCGUUGAAAAAAAGACGUCUCGAGUUGAAGAAGGAAAGAUGUAGUAAAAAUGCACGUCUAUCUAAUAGUGAAGGUAUAACAUACUCAUCUGGCUGUGGUUACCUGAACACGUCCGAUUUGAUAGACCAGGCUGUUGUAGCAAAUAACUAUAGUUUUGAAGACUGUGCUUUUGUAUAUUUUGAUGUCGAAACAACUGGCUUGAGUGAUGCGGACGAAAUAGUACAAAUUGCUGCUUCUCAUAAGGGUAAAAAUUUUGAUGCAUACAUUCUACCAAGGAAACAGAUGAAUGCAAAAGCAUCUGAAUUGACAGGACUGACUGUUUUGAACGGAGAAAUGUUUUACCAUGAAAAAAGAGUAUCGACCUUGUCACCAAGAGAUGCUUUUAUGAGUUUUUUGUAUUUUUUAAAAUCUCUGCACAAACCAUGCAUCUUGGUAGGACACAAUGCUUUCAAAUUUGAUGUAAAGAAAAUCAUGAAGCUUGCUACUUCUUUAAGAAUGUCUAAGGAGAUGAUGAUGUUUGUGAAAGGCUUUUGUGAUACCUUGCCAUUAUUUCAUUCAGUGUUGCCCAAAAGAAAAAAAAAUAAGGGAUCUUUCAAACAAGAAGUAUUGACGAAUGAGUUUUUAGACAAGUCGGAUAUAAUACUUGCCCAUAAUGCUUUGAACGACGUUCUUAUGCUCGCCCUGUUGAUACAAAAAUUGAAAAUUAACCCUGGAGUGUUAAUCAAACACACGAAAAGUGUUGAAUUUAUAAUGAACGAAAAAGAACGGCGACAGAAAAUGAAGAAUUAUAAGGAAUCACUGUCCACUCUAGACAUUUCCAAUGCUAUGAAAGAGAAAAUUUCCAAAGCAGGUAUUGAUCGAUCAAUACUUGUAACAGCAUGUGAAACUGGAGGAAUGGACGCAUUAAAAAUCUUACUUAGCGAAAGCAUUAAUGGAAAGCCGCGAGUAUGUUCGAGAUCACAGUUUACUUAG